CUUCAUCUCAUCCUCGACUCAGAUCUCUGCCGCCUUUCUGGAGCAACUUAUACCCAGUCGCCCGAUCUUCUAAAACGGCUUAACAGUAACACGUCAACCGACUCCUGUCCUUUCCCCUCCUCAGAUCCUCCGUCUCUGCCUGCGGGGUCUUUACAGCCAUGGCGGACCGACAAGCAGUCCAGCAGACGCUCAAUAGCCAGCUCUCCAAGCUGGAUGAUCCCGAUCCGGAUAUGCGAUACAUGUCCCUGAAUGACCUGCUAGGAGUCCUCAAUAGCCCCAGCUCCUCAUAUCUCGUGCACGACCAGUCCUCAUCCACACGCCUUGCCGACGGCCUCCUGAAAGCUUUGGAUGACCAACACGGUGACGUCCAGAACCAGGCGCUGAAAUGUCUCGGUCCGCUCGUCGUUCGGUUACCUGCCGAGAGUCUCUCCUCGAUCCUGGAGAAACUGUCCAACUUGACUGCCUCCCAAACCAUUGAUACCUCUGUCCCUAAUACCGCAUUGAGAACCAUCGUCACGGCCCUUCCCCGCCCUCAGUCCAACCAGUUGCCCAGUGCAGAAGCCUCCAUGGCGUACACCGCUGUCUCGAAGGUUCUCAUUCCUCGUUUGGUUGGCCCGACGCAGUCUCGCACAAGCCGCCGAGGAUCGGUUGUCAAGGGCAUGCUGGAGAAGGAUCCGUCCAAGGGAUUCAGCAGUGAUGCGAUCGAUGUGCUCAUUCAGGUAGUCACCUGUUUCGGGCCGCUCCUGAAGGAAGCCGAGUUGACGGCGCUCCAAAAGUCAGUGAUGACCAUUAUUGAUAACGACACGGCCGGCACCGUGGUCACGAAAAGGGCGCUGGCAGCCAUUUCCGCCCUCGUCUUGCAUUUCUCCGACAGCCAGGUUGGCGCUUUUGUGAACGAGUUGGUAACGCGCUUCAAUGCCCCGCAACUGAGCAUCGUUCACCGUCGUCACUUGAUUGCGACGGUUGGAAGCAUCGCAAGGACCGCGCCGGUGAAAUUCGGUCCCCACCUCCCGACGUUGGCUCCGUAUGUCUUCUCUGCCGUUGGAGAGGAUGAAUUGGACCAGUAGCCGAUUCCCUCUCUCAACGCUCAUCCCGUGCAUUCGGUGGCUUAAAUCAUGGAUGUGUCCAGAUGGUAAGCAUUGUCGCGGGACGCCUCACCGUGACGCUCAUAAAUCCAAGGACUUGAAUAGAUUAUGGCCCUCAAAAUCCCUAUGGUUGACCGCAUGAUUUACGAAAAUAAUGAAAUGGAUUCGUUCGAAUACCCCAACCGUACCGAUUUCAAAGAGUUCCCAACCUCAUAUUGCGAACUUAUUGCCUGCUCGGCAUGUUGGUUCGGGCUUAAUCAAGCUCUGAGUCUGGAAUCAUUGCUGCAGCUGUCUAUUAUAAAUGCUCGGGCAAGACGGCUUGCUCAGGUCACCGACGCCUUGUUCGUAAACUCUCGCGCAUGGGAGAGGAGAAAGUCUUCAGCAUCAGCACGGUUUCAGGAUCAAUCUAAAUAUGCUAUCUCACGGACUUCUUCCUAAAUUAGACGAAAC